AUGUUGAGUGUGAAAUAUCGAAAAGAUCUCUUUGCUGCAGACGAACACCCUUAUCGACUCAUGGAAUCUAGUCUGUGGGUCCCUGCCAAGUUUGAUCUAGAUUUAAGUUUCCUUGAUCGCGAUGGCUUUGAGAGCACCUCCGAGGAAACUUUCAUCAUCACAAGGGGACGAGUCGAGUUACUAGAAUUCAGUAUUAUACCAAGUUUCGACGCUGUUAUCAGUGACGUUCGCUCCGUUGUUCUUUUCGAUAAAAAGGCGUACAAGGCAAUGUGUCUAUCAACAUGGCCGUCUAGCAUUCCUUCUGAAGUGUGGGACUGUGAUUUACCAGACCUUGGCCCCACCUUUUACACUCAUGAUUUCAUCAGAAGCUACGCCUUGAAAGUUUCAUUCACAGUAGCACAUAAGGAAUUUCCGGACACGAACGUAUCUGCAUUUAUGGAGUUCAAUAUUGCAUCAAUACUGAAGGAGUACAUCAAACAAAAGGACAAGCCUCUUAUGCCUCAAAGCUUUCCUGGGUGUAUUUUUAAACAAGGGACCUUUGAGCUUUUUCUUGAAGACUCACCAGCUCUCAGGUUGGCUCACGAAGUUCCAUCUCUCAAAAGUCCCCGAUAUAGUUCACAAGAUAGCUUCCAGCGAUACAUCAUUCUGUGUGAAAGCAAAGAAGUUGUGACUUGCAAUGUCCUUGCAAAAGAGAGCAAGGGCUCCUUUGAUGAGGUCUCCCAUCUGUCUGGGAAGAACACCCCGAAAACCUCCGAGCAUGUAUUGGAAAGAGAGAUAUCUUCCAGUCUGGACGAGGAGAUAAUCUCUCGUCCCAGACUGUUCAAAAGACUCACCAAAAUGACUCCAACCAAUUUUGCAGCUCCUUCGCUGUACACCGCUACACCUUCUGUGGGUCCUGAGAUUGUCCAUUAUGCGUACCCUUGUGGUGAUACUACUUUGAUUCUUGAGGACCAGCUUGACUGGAAAAGUGCUGAGAGAAUUUUCGACUGUGCCCAGAGAGACAUUGACGAGGUCAUUACCAACGGAGCGACCAGGGCUGGCAUGUUUCAGAUGUUAUUGGUCGGUACGCUUUUGCUUAAUUUGGCAAUUUUGAUGUGA